UCUAUCGUUAGCAGUCAUUGUAUUCUGUGUUGUAUUGUGUAUUCGUAUCUAUUGAUCUUGUGUCGUUCGUGGCGUGGACCGUGGAGCGCUGUAUUGUAAAGCUGCAAGUUGAAACGCCUCUACCCUCUACCGGUUUCACCUUUCUUCUGUAGUUUCCAAGGAAAUCAUUCCUGCAGGUUGGACAGGCAAACAAUUUUUUAAAUCAUCAAAAUGAGCUACAUACAGUGCCAGUUAUGGAUGGGGAGUUUAGAGUCAUAUAUGACGGAGAACUUCAUACUCGCUGCAUUCCGGAAAAUGGGAGAGGACCCUCAAGCAGUGAAAUUGAUGCGCAAUAAAUAUACCGGCGAACCGGCCGGCUAUUGUUUUGUUAGCUUUAAAACAGAUGAAGCAGCGAUCGACGCUAUGCAUAAGCUUAACGGAAAACCAAUUCCGGGCACAAAUCCACUGGUUCGUUUUCGCUUGAAUAGUGCCACUAACAAUCAGAAUAAAGCGCUGCUGGCAGAUCGAGAGUUUAGUGUGUGGGUUGGCGACCUUAGCUCCGAUGUAGAUGACUACAGUCUGUAUCGGGUAUUUUCUGCCAAAUACACAUCGAUUAAAACAGCGAAGGUUAUUUUGGAUAGCUCAGGAUUUUCUAAAGGGUAUGGUUUUGUAAAAUUUGGAUUAGAGGACGAACAGAAGAAUGCUUUAUACGAAAUGAACGGCUUUAUCGGUCUGGGAAGUAAACCGCUUAAAAUCUGCAACGCUGUACCAAAACCGAAAUCCGAACUAAACGAAGCACUAGGGAACGGAACGGGAAGCUCAACAACGGCUGCAAGCCUACUGGGUUAUGGCACUGCUGCAACAGAUUAUUCGCAGUAUUACGAUCCUUCCUCGUACUGGCAAAAUUACAGUGCUUGGCAGGGUUACUAUGAUGCUGCCGGAACGACCGCUGAUGCUUACGCAGCCUACCAACAGAUGCCAUCCGCUCAAGCCACAGUAGACUCCUCAGCAGUGUACGCGCAACAACAAGCAGUCUAUGAGCAUCAUCAACAUCAUCAUCACGCCCAAAUCGAAGACGAGGAACUGACACUGGUUGACCACAAGUUUACCCUGGAUAUAGACAAAUUGAACCGAGAGGUCAUGGAACGAGAUCGUAAUCUCUAUGAUGCUUUGGAAAGCUCCAAAUGGAUGCCAGUAGAACAGCUGGAGAUAUUUUAAUUCUGCUAUGUUUAUUGAUACGUUAAUUUAACGUAGUAUAUAAGCUGCUUUCCGACAUAACAAAGAAUCUUUCAUUUUUUCUUGGGGAAACCAAUUACAUAUACUGGGGCUUAUUCUGCGACGUGAGAA